AUGCGGCGGUGGGCAUGUGGGGCGUGGUUCCUCCGCCGGUUGUCUUCGCAUGCGUGGGCAUCGUCGCACUUACAUCGAUUUGACGCUGCGAUACACAGCACACGUGUUUGUUGCUGUCACCACCGCAGCACCGACGACGACGGCGGCGGGGGCGAGAAACACAGCCACGAAACGAUGCAUGCGAGGGACAUGUCUGAGGCCAGCGGCGACGCGGGCAAGGAGGAAAAGAACGGGGAAGGGCGGCAAGGGACACCAUCAUCACUGCCCCCACCGCCUGUUGUCAUCUCAUUUCCCACAGCGCACAGUAGCAGCACCAUGAAUGAUCUGCCGCACAUGAUCGCGGAACGCCAGGGGCCGGCCAGUGAGGUGUCGAAGGGGAGGAAGAGGAGGAGUGGAACACCGCCGACCACGAGUGGAUGCGCCUUGUUGGUGGACCACUUCACCUCCGCCGCCGCCGCCCGACCCGCAGGGAGACAGCGACCGCAGGGGCGUCAAGUCGCCAGGUCGGGAGACGGCAGUGUUGGAGCGGCGGGUGCGGCAGUUGUCACAUCCACACUUUUGGAAAAACUUCGGCGGAAUGUACUUCGUAAGCGUCUUGAUUGGCAGCAGAUGCCCUCACGGUAUCCGCUCGUGCAGCGGCUGCCCGUAUGGCGACAGCGUUUUGCGUGGAGCGCGCGCUUUCUGCCCUCGUCGGCCCUCCCGCUGCCGAGUGGCGGCAGUGUCACGGAUACAUUUGUAUGCAGCGCACCGACAGGUUCAGGCAAAAGCAGUCUUGUGCCAUUAUUCCUACUGGAUUGUCACUGGACCCGACUGCUAGAGCGCAUUGAUGCAUCGUCUGGAAGGUUGCACAGUGACGGCCCUCGCGUACGUGAUGGGGCGACGUCACUGCCACCCCCAAUGCCAUUUUUUGUCACCGGGAGUUCUCGCGAGUUUGUAGCUGAGUUUGGGGCGAGUAGCCGACUUUGUAUUGUUGUCUCCCAGCCCACACGUCUCGCAUGUGUGGAGUUGGCGAAGUUUACAGCUGCUAUUCUGCUGUCAUCAACAACAACAACAGACUCUUCACCCCCAGAUGAUGUGGCCCAAGUUGGUGGUCGUGUUGGGUAUGCCGUUGGCGGUGACAAAUGCUUCUCCCUGGCCACAGAGAUCAUAUACGCGACGCCUGGUUAUAUCUUAAAUGCGGUGCUGCAUAAGGGAGGGCUGCUGGCGCCCACCACACUUAUCAUUGAUGAGGCACACUGUCGUGAUAUGGAGACAGACCUUCUACUGGCCUGGGCGAAGCAGCAGCUGCGGGAAAAGGGAGAGAGGCAAUUGCAGCUCCGUCAGUUGGUGUUGAUGUCAGCCACCCUUUCCGUGGAGGAGAUGGUGGCGUUGUUCACCACACGGUUUCCCGCAAUCAACGCGGAGACGCCAAGUGGAGAAAAUGCGGCGGCCUUCAACCCACAUAUUCUUUUGGUUGACGCAGAAGAGAGGCAGCAAACGGGGUGUGGUGACGCUGCAAACGCCACGAUUUCCACUCAGCCGUAUUGCGUGGAAGAAUAUUUUAUCGACGAUCUUUCCGACACCAUUGGAGCGUCCCAAGUGCUUUGUGGAAGCAUAGAAAAGAAUCCUUUGUUGGAGGCCCCUGCACGGCGUGUGGUGGCGUCAUUGGGGCAUUUUUUUUCCUACACUCGCUUUGGUGCGGACGUACAUACUCCGCAGGCCCGCGUGUUGGCGCAAUUUUUGCUUUUUGUACUGCAGAGUUUUGCCGUGAAGUCUUCCAGUUCCGGUGUCGGGGACCAGCGGAAACCCCGCCCACUCCAGUCAUUUUCUUCUGUGCCAGACCAGCAGCCGGAGAGCAUUUUGGUGUUUCUACCGGGCUUUGCGGAGAUCUCGUUGGUGCUGCAGUCAUUGGAGAUGUUGUGUCGCGCGGUGUCCGUGGAGGUUGGGCCUGAUUCUCCGCCGACACUCACGUGUGGCGUCUCUUAUGGUGGUACGAGCAGUCAGCGAGGGAACGUCACAUUCCUUCGGUACGAGCAAUGGUGCUUUUCCGUCGCUCUGCUUCACGCCACGGCUAUUGGAAGUCCACAGCAGCAGCUGCACGACUCCGCUGGCCCCUUUCCGUACCGCAUUAUUCUUGCCACGACGGUUGCAGAAAGUUCCGUGACCAUUCCAAAUGUCCGCUGUGUCGUGGACUCUUGUUUGGAAAGGCGUUUCUUUACCGAUCCUCUCACAGGCGUCAUGCUGCGCUCCACGGCGCUCGCGAGCGCAAGUAGUUUGCGGCAACGGGGCGGUCGCACUGGCCGAACGUGCGACGGCGCUGUGAUUCAUUUGGCCCCGCGUCGCCUGUUCCUUCAGCCGGAGAAAACGAAGACCGCGCGUCAAAUUGAGAUGCCUGUUUUUGCCGCGGCGGGCCUUUCAUCUUUGCGGCGUGGCACAUUAUCAGGAUUUGUGGCGCCUGCGCAGACAUUGCCGGAAAGUCUCACGGCAAAUGCGGCGGCGGUGCUUCUCCGCGUGAAGUAUUUGUUCCCAUCACUUCCGAGUGCAUUGGUGCAGAACCUGCCAAGCCCGCCCUCGUCAGACGCGAUAGCCCGCGGUGUAGAACAGCUUGUGGAGUUGGGGCUUCUGCAGUUGGAUGCGAGUGGGGAUGGCGGUUCGGUUAAUGAUGCCGGAGCGAGUAGCGAUCCGCAGUGCGGGACGGGGGAGACAGGGGAUCUGCACGCCGUGUUGUGUCGCUAUGACCAUGCGACGCUUACCGCAAUGGGGGAGUUUGUGGCGUACCUUCCUCUGCCACAUGAACAAGCGUUGCUGAUUUAUUAUGCCCUUCAGUUUGCGUGCAUCGAGGAGGCCCUCCUCAUUGCAUGUGCCAUGACGGUGCCAUCACUUCUUAUGUUUCCUCGCAUGACAGCACAGGACGAUCAAUCGCAGGCGGGCACACCAGCGAUGCAGUACCUGUACUCCCUAGAGAUACAGCGUGAACUGGCAGGGGUUUUAAAGGCGGGAGCUGCCAAAUCAUCAGGGGAUGAACGAGGCGAUUGCCACCUCAGUGAACCGCUGCUGUUGUGCUCGCUGCUGCGUGAGUGGUACGCAUGCAAUAACAGCAACGAUGUCGUGGCGUUUCACACCAAAUAUUGCGUGAACCGCAGUGCGAUUCGUCUUGUUGACGACUGCGUGGCUCAAUGUGCCACUCGUCUCUACCACCUUGUGGCGGUGGAUGCAAAGGCACAGGAUGGCACAGAGGGGUUGUACGGUGAACACGACACGGCCGUGCGCCGGCCGAGUACGCAGGCGGUGGAGCAACUUAUCACAUCGGCCUUUCCGCGUUCCUACAGGGCAUUGCUGGCGGGCUCGUUGCAGCGAUUGCACCGAUGCGCAAUGGAGCACGCCACGCACCGCUUCUCACGAAGGGUUGCCACGAUGACGCACUGGUACCCCCACGACGAGCAGCUUAUUCGAUUGCUGCAGCCGUCGGCGAGGGUAGGCGACGGGAACGUACGAAAACGAAGAUGGGGGGAAAAUCAUAAGGACGGGCUCACAAUGACGUUUGGUGCCGUACAGCACCGCCUAAGUGCGGCGUUUGUGGCUGCCUUUGCCCGCAAUACCAUGCGUGGCGAGGAUGGGUCACACCGUGUGCAUCACAGACGACUUGUGCGCAACCUCGGCGCUUUGCAGGAAGACGCGGACAGCACCUGCUCAUUCAGUAUCGAGCUGCACACCCAACAACAGCAAGUGGGCCUCACUCGGGCUGCGCCGUACGACCGAAUGACUCUGGAGGAAUUACACCGUGUGUUGGCACCUUAUCUUGCAGGAACGCAUCUUCGCCAGUUAGAACUUUUUGUCGGUGGACGUUCCGCAGUUGCCUGUUUUGGGGUAAAUGAAACGAAGGAAAAAGAAGACGAAACGGGUGCGGCGGCUCAGCAGGAGAAGCAGAAGCAGAAAGACGAGUUGUUGCUUGCACCUCAUGUACUCCCAUUUGAGGGCAUGGCCAAAUCAAAUUCCCCCGCGGUGACACUGGCGCAUAUUGGCAUCAGUUUACUUGUGUCCAUACAAAGUGCACUAACACGUCUCACGGUGUUACUUCCACCAUCCACGACGCCAAACGAAAGUAAUAAGAGAAGUAAUGAUAAUAUUAGCGGUAUUAAUAGUAAUGGUAAUAAUAAUAAUAAUAAUAAUAAUGGUGGUAGUAAUGAGGAAAAGGAUCCUGGUGAGACGCCGGCAUGCCCCGUAUCCAUAAAAACUGCUUCGACCGCCACCUCCAGCGUCUAUCGUGGCAUUUGCUUCGAUUCAGUGAACGAGGAUGAGGAGCCGGCCAAUGUGUGUGUAACGUGGCAUGAUAGCUACGGUCACAAAUGUUCCUUGCUUCUGAGCGACGUGCGGCGUGCGGGGUACGAGGAACUCUUUCCGACACCCUCUGUGACCGCGUUGCCGGCGGCAUCUGCUGCACCUGAAGCAACAGUGGUUUUCCAUGGCGAUGAGUGCCGUACAACUAGUGCGGGUAUGUUUUCAAACCCUUCAAGUUGCACUAAGGGUCAGGUAAGAAGCAAAGACGAGGAGGACGACGAUGAGGAAACAGUGACAUUGAGUGUGCAACGCGUCGUUUACACCCGCGCCGUGUAUUGGAAGGUGACGCUGCCAACAGUUCGAUUUGCAUACAAGCGGCGUCCUCUGGAGAGCGCAAGCACGUCCCUCACGACAGGAGAGAAGACGACACCCACGCCCUUGCCAGGUGGUGAGUGUCACUACUGUUGGGUGUGCCACAGCGCAUGGAUGCGGAAAGACGCUUUUCUCGCACACUGUCGGUCGGUGACGCAUCUCACCCGACUUGCCUUUGCUGUACAGCACGGCAUGCGGCAUGAAUGGGUGGAGGCGUUCAGCAGCGGCACACUGUCGGAUCUGCUGCUGCGGCAAAAGGAUCGAGAUGGCAGUGGUAUGUACAUGGAGCUUCGACACUGUAAUUUAUCGCCCACGUCUUUUAUGAAUGCGUUGCAGUGGCAGCCGCGCAGGGAUGAGGCAGUUGUCACGAUGCCCAUUGCCAUUGCAGGUUCGCUUCUUAUGCACACCACGGCGGUACCAGCAUCCACUAUGCCACCACAUGGCGGUGGAACAAAUUUGCAGGCGCUGCAUGUAUGGGUUCUGAACACCGAGAGCGAGGCAUGUGUGUUCAAAAAGGCCACCAACGACAUGCAACCAGCCACCUCCUUGCCCCCGUCUGUAUUCGUGCUGGCUGGAUAUCUUGCCGCCGCCUCGAGUGGCUUUGAUGUCGCACUGCUGAUGAAUAAAAACCACACACGGGCGUAUGCAGUCAUGUUGUAUGAUUGGGGUGUGUGGCGUCUGCCGGCCCCUCUAACCCGCACGCGGCUGCGGAGUGUGCUUGACGUGUUUGCAGGGAAGCCAUGGCGUGGUGUACCCGUCACAAGAGAAGAUCAUGAAGUGGACGAUGAUUGCAAGAGGGAUGUGACGCCUGCUGCUGCGGGUGAUGAAGAUGAUGUGGAGGCGGGUGAUUUGCACUGGUGUGUCGUCUCCGACGUCUGCCCACAGUGUACAUAUUGUGGGAGUGGCGGUGUUUCGGAUGAGAAGAGGGCCACAGCAGUGCAACAGCGGCUGCAGCAUUUGUCGAUUGACAAUAUGCCGUCGGCUGCGGAGGUGGUGGAGGGUACGAUCCUGCUCGUGCUGCAUGAGUAUCAGAACUCGCAGCGCACCGUUAUCAGUUUUGCCGACUACAUACAACGUGUGGUGGCAAAAAUCAACGUAUGGUCCGCAGCCCAAGAAAAACAGCAGGGGAGUACCACAAACAGUUUGAACCGGCAGUUGACAUGGAAGCGGGUUGCAACGACAAAGAAAGCGACAGCCGAGAGGCGUGGCGGUGCGGAACUGCUUGCGCGGUUUGUGGCAAGUCGAUACAAUCAGCCACUGGAGUCUCUGCUGCGCGACAUUGGUUGUCAGUUCCUCACCCCGCCUGGAUCCCUCUUGCAGACUGCAACGAAGCAAUCCGCCUCUCCUACCACAGGGUCCGGCAAUACGUCUUUGGCACGCACCGUGUCAUUCAGCGCGAGCGCGAUGGCGGCGGAGGGGACCACAACCGAGAAGUUAUUUCUUCUUCCAACAGUUUUGCCGAGUUAUUUACCGUCACCGGAAUUUGCUGCACUACUCCGUAGCCACCGGCGACGCAUGCGAAAUACACCUGGCAAUGUUCUGCCGGUGAAAAAGGCAGGAGGUGGUCCCGCUGUGACUACCGGCCCUCAGUAUAAGAAGCAGCAGCAGCCAUUAUUUUAG